AUGACGACGAACUUGGAGGCAUGGAGAAGACAGAGCCAUGCGCAAUCUCAUCAACCCAUACCCGGACACGAGAGGGACAUUUUCCAUCUUUCACCUCCCCAGGUGCUUGGGAGCUCACCGGCUCGUCCUCAUCGUCACACCCAGCGGAUAGGCAACCCUUCCCCAUCCUCCUUCCAAGAUACCCCCUCAAACUACCAUGAAGCCACCCCAAGCCGUCCUCUGAUCAAACUGACCUUCCCAUCUCUGUCUGAUAUCAUCCCUCCACCCUUCCUCUUCGACGCUACCAUCCCCUUGAUUCAGAAGCUGGUCAGCACCCCAAGCCUCUCCAACGACGAGAGACUCCUCCGUCUGUCCGACAUCCUCAGCCCGUGCACAAAAGCCAUCUGCGUCUCGCGCCUGAAGCUCCUCCUGUCCUGGCCAGCCCUGCAGUCAGCCUGGGCUCAGUUCGUCCAGGACGUCCUAGAAUAUCAUGCAAAUCCAAUUUACGCUCUUGCCCGCGACCCGCACCGCUUCAGCAGCUUCCUCAACUUAUCGAGCGGCAACGGCGUCUUAGCCGUAGGAACAAACCUCACAAGCAACAGCACCAAACCCGCCACCGCAGCCAAUCACCCAAAGUGGCGUGUCCGGCGCAAGCCCAGCCCCCUCAAGACAGCCAUGAGCAACAUCUGGCGUGCCAUAACCGGCAUCGAGCCAGCGCGAUCCACCACAACGGGCAACUACAACAACAACAACCGUGACUACCACGCCCAAAAAGACAUGGGCCUGCCCUCCAUCCCCCUCGUAGCAAGAAAACUCCUCGCCGGAAUGAACCAGUCCCAACACCCCCCGAAUCUGCAGCACACCUGUCCCGUCAACGGAGCCGCGCUCUCCCAGUGGACCAGCCAGCCCAACCAGCAGCGCUGGCAUAUGACAGAUACCAGAUGGGAUUUGGAGAGGGGGAGGGAGGAAUGCACAGUGGAAGACUACUACGCGCGGUUCGUGCUGGUGUGUUUGAAGGCUGUUUACGCCACAACAACGAUAACAACGACAGCACCUCUGGAGGAGCCAAUGUUUCUGCUGUCAUCAGCAUCAUCAGCAUCAUCAUCGCUGCCGCCACACGCUUCUCCUGGAAGGGGUCAAGGUAGUAGUAGUAGUAGGAGUGCCGGGUGUGACAUUGGCGUUGACAUUGGCACUGGUCGCAGAGACGCUGGUAAUACCACUGGUAUUGGCACUGGCACCGGUGGAAUGGACAGGAUCCAAGAGACAAAGCGGGGAUGGCGAGAGAGGAUGUCGUGGCUGAGGGAUCCGAGCGAGGUGGGGAGCUUGCAAGAGCAGACGUGGAUUUUAGUGCAUGUGCUGUUGUUUUUGCACUGCGAGAAGAGGGAGCAGAUUCUCAGGGCUGGCGAGGGUCUGGAUCAGCGCAGGAACUGGUUCGUAGGUCCUAGUAGGAGGUUGUUUCGGUGGAGAUGA